AUGACACCAAUGAGGCUCAAUUCAACUACAAUAAUGUCAACAGAAGUACCAACAUCACCACAUUCAGCAGCAACCGAAAAAGAAACAACGCUCAAUACAACUAUAACAAUGUCAACAGAAACAACGUCUUAUUCACCUACAACAAUGUCAAAAGAAAAAGAAGCAACGCCCAAUGCAACUACAACAAUGUCAACAGAAAAAGAAACAAUGCUUGAUUCAAUCACAACAAUGUCAACAAAAACAGAAACAGAAAUAGAAACAAAAACAAUACCUGAUCCAAUUACAACAAUGUCAACAAAAACAACACCUGAUCCAAUUACAACAAUUUCAACAAAAACAGAAACAGAAAUAGAAACAGAAACAACGCCUGAUCCAAUUACAACAAUGUCAACAAAAACAGAAACAGAAAUAGGAACAGAAACAACACCUGAUUCAACUACAACAAUGUCAACAACAGUACAAACAUCACCAAAUCCAAUAACAACAAAAGAAGAAACAGAGACACUGUCAACAAGGAUUGAAUUAACAACUGAUAAUAAAAGUCAAUUAUUGAAAGCUAUCCAACAUACACAAUCAUUAAUUCGAAAUUGUUCAAGCAAUGCUGAUUGCCAAACAAAUCAAAUUUGCAAUCGUACAUUGAAUCAGUGCUUCUGUGAUUUUGGAUUUGCAUUUGAUUCAAAAGGACAAUGUUUAGAAAAUAACGAAUGUGAUUGUCUCAAAGGAUCAUAUUCAGAUAAUUCAACUUGCUCAAAGGAACAAACUCUUGAUUUUUUAUUUGUCGUUAAAGAUAUUGUUGCAAAAAGAGUUGAACAGUCUGAAGAUAAUAAACAUCCACAAACUUAUGUAGCUGUUGAAAAUGACUGUGUUAAUAAAACAGCAUAUUAUGUUAAAAAAUCUAGUACAUCAUAUGGUAAAUCUGAGAUUUUAAAAAUAUCAUAUAAUGGUGACGAAGUAGUGAGCUUCAUUGAAGAAUAUGGUUACAUUGAAGGAAUUUCCAUUGAUUGGACUUUGAGAAAUAUAUAUUGGAUUAAUUCAAAUGAAAUCAAGGUCAUCAAUUUACAACAAGACGAAGUUGAACCAACAACUCUGAUUAAAAAUAAUAUUAUUAAUCCAAGAGAUAUUGUGGUACAUCCAGGCAAAGGAAAAAUUUUUUGGUCUAAUUGGUAUCCAGAAAAUAACACUGCACAAUUAAUGUGGGCAAAUAUAAAUGGUAGUAAUAUCAGUGUAUUUUAUGAAAGCGAUAAAGUUCGAUAUCCAAAUGCUCUUGCUAUUAAUUGGGUCAAUAAUCAGCUGUGCUGGUCUGAUAAAAUAACAAAAGAAAUAAAUUGUGUUGGUAUUGGUAAUACUACAAAUUUACAAACAAUAGCUACAGGUGUAUUUGAACCUUAUGACCUUGAAAUAACAGCUGAUAACUAUUACUGGACAAAUUUAGAAAAAAAAGAAAUUUUGGAGUUUGAUGGCAAUGAUAAAAAGCAACAAGUUAUCAUGUCUCUUCCUGAUGAUGCUGAUUCAAUACUAUAUGGUUUUGUUGGUGUCCCCUCCAAGUGUCCUGAAUUGCAGUAA